ACUAGAUGGGGUGGGAGUGUACAUCACACCUGACAGGAACAGCCCCCGCAGCGGAGGUGACUGGCCGAGAGCAGAACAAGGGUGACAGUCAUGGGGAUGGGGAAGGGAAAGAACAUUCCAACAUUCUGUGUGCCCAGCCCUACAUACAUUCUCUUUUCUCCUCAAAGCAGUCCUGUGAGGACAGCAGCCCAGAGAAGGACAGGGACUUGGAAGUUGGUAAGAGUCAGGAUUUGAAGUUGGCUCUGUCAGAUACUGGAGUCUACGUUCUUUACAAGAGCUUGUGUGCCUCUGACGGAGCUGUGGGGACCCAAAAAAACAGAGAGCCCUGCCUGGCCCCCAGCCCGGAGCAGCAAGAGCAGGAGCUGACUGUGGCCCUUGGGCAGCCUGUACGGUUAUGCUGUGGGUGGGCUGAGCGCAGUGGCCACUGGUACAAGGAGGGCAGUCGCCUGGCACCUGCUGGCCGGGUACGAGGCUGGAGAGGCCGCUUGGAGAUCGCCAGCUUCCUACCCGAAGACGCUGGCCGAUACCUCUGCCUGACACGAGGCUCCAUGCUUGUCCUGCACAAUGUCACCUUGGUUGUGGAUGACUCCAUGACCUCCAGCAAUGGUGAUGAGGACCCCAAGACCCACAGAGGCCCCUCAAAUGAGCACAUUUACCCCCAGCAAGCACCCUACUGGACACACCCCCAGCGCAUGGAGAAGAAACUGCAUGCAGUGCCUGCCGGGAACACCAUCAAGUUCCGCUGUCCAGCUGCAGGCAACCCCAUGCCCACCAUCCGCUGGCUCAAGGAUGGACAGGACUUCCAUGGGGAGCAUCGCAUUGGAGGCAUUCGGCUGCGCCACCAGCACUGGAGCCUGGUGAUGGAAAGCGUGGUGCCCUCGGACCGUGGCACAUACACCUGCCUUGUGGAGAACUCUUUGGGCAGCAUCCGCUACAGCUAUCUGCUGGACGUGCUGGAGCGGUCCCCGCACCGGCCCAUCCUGCAGGCGGGGCUCCCAGCCAACACCACAGCUGUGGUGGGCAGUGACGUGGAGCUGCUCUGCAAGGUGUACAGCGACGCCCAGCCCCACAUCCAGUGGCUGAAGCACAUUGUCAUCAACGGCAGCAGCUUCGGGGCCGAUGGCUUCCCCUAUGUGCAAGUCUUAAAGACAGCAGACAUCAAUAGCUCGGAGGUGGAGGUCCUAUACCUUCGGAACGUGUCUGCUGAGGAUGCAGGCGAGUACACCUGCCUGGCGGGCAACUCCAUCGGCCUUUCCUACCAGUCAGCCUGGCUCACGGUGCUGACAGAGGAGGAUCUCAUGUGGACGGCAACAGCGCCUGAGGCCAGGUACACGGACAUCAUCCUGUACACAUCAGGCUCUCUGGCUUUGAUGGUGCUCCUGCUUCUGGCCGGGCUGUAUCGCAGGCAGGUGCUCCUCGGCCGGCACCCCCGGCAGCCUGCCACUGUGCAGAAAUUGUCCCGCUUCCCUCUGGCCCGACAGUUCUCCCUGGAGUCAGGCUCCUCAGCCAAGUCAAGCUCGUCCCUGGUGCGGGGUGUCCGUCUCUCCUCCAGCGGCCCCCCCUUGCUUGCAGGCCUCGUGAAUCUAGACCUACCUCUCGACCCACUGUGGGAGUUCCCCCGGGACAGGCUGGUCCUGGGAAAGCCCCUGGGCGAGGGCUGCUUCGGGCAGGUGGUGUGUGCAGAGGCCUUUGGUAUGGACCCCAUCCGGCCUGACCAAGCCAGCACUGUGGCCGUCAAGAUGCUGAAGGGUGAGUGUGGCAGCCUGGGGGAGAUCCAGUGGCCUUGGGAGUAACAGACGGGGCUCUCAGUGUUAGCAGGUGAGCACUGAGGGCCGAGAGAGGCUACCCGAUCCCACCCGUGGGCCUGGGGCCCAACUCUGCUACUGACCCUGGCAAGUCAUUUCUGAGCUUCAGUUUCCUCACGUGUCACGUGGGGUAAGUAAUAGUCCCUGCCUCCCAGCCCAAGGUUUGUGGAAAGUGCCUGGUGCCUAAAGUCUUAACCAUUGGGAUGAUGAUGACUCCAAGGGUUUAGGGUGAUGGGUUUGAUACCCCGUGUCAGCCUUGGCCUCCAAUAACCUUGUCAGCCUUGAAGGCCUCCACCUCAUUCCCCCACGAUUCCCCUGCAAAUCGCACCCUCAGCCUCCCCCGGGCCCUGUCCCCCUGUGUUCACCACUGUCUCGGAGAACAGCCCAGGCAGCAACCCCAAGGGGCUCAGAGCACACCUGGGACCCACCAUCGG